UCACAGCGCGAGGCGAGGGAGGUGACGGAAAGAGCCGAAGCGCAGCCAGAAUCAGUUCAUACACCAGGUGACGAAUGGAAAGGAGUCUGCGAGCGGUCACGUGAUGAUGCUGCGAGAACCUUCUUGUAGUUUUAGCCGAUUAGCGUGUGCCUGCAGAGCUUAUCCUCCUCCUCGAACUCAGUCACACACACACUAACGCACUCAUAAACACAAAUAAACUCGUACACACUUCCCAUCCCACACUGCUCAACUUUAGUGACCUACUCAGCCUUGAGAAAUCCGUUUCUAAUCUGGGUUCCUCCCGCCCAUCCUCGCGCUCACCUCCCGCUCCUCUCGGCUUCCUGCGCUCUCUCACCUGUUAGCAUGCUUAACAAGAUGCAUGCUGCGAGACACUUUUCAUGCUUUUACUGGUUUUCUUUGGGGACUGAUAAAGGAGUUUUUGUCCACUGAUGAUCGAGUGGGGAUCUGAUGUGUGGAAGUGUGUGUGUCCGCGCUGGUUCAUCUGAUUGAAGGAUGUAUCGUCUGCUGGUGGCCCAGGUUCUUCUGAGCUGCUGGAGUGUGGCACAACCCUUCUGUCCUUCCCAGUGCACCUGUGUGUACCACGGACGCAGCGAUGGCACUGGCAGCAGGUCUGUUCUAUGCAAUGACCCUGACAUGUCAGAUAUUCCAGUCAACGUCCCUUUGGACACGGUGAAGCUGCGGGUGGAGAAGACGGCUGUGCGUCGAGUGCCCACGGAGGCCUUCUAUUACCUGUCAGAGUUACGCUACCUGUGGAUAACAUACAAUUCAGUCACCUCUGUGGAUCCCGGCAGUUUCUACAAUCUGAAAGUGCUUCAUGAGCUACGGCUGGAUGGGAACAUGAUCGCUACCUUUCCCUGGGAGUCUCUAAAAGAGAUGCCCAGUCUGAGGACCUUGGACCUGCACAACAACCGCUUGACUAGUAUUCCUGUGGAGGCAGCAGCUUACCUAGUUAACAUCACCUACCUAGACAUUUCUAGUAACAAGCUAACUACCCUUCCCUCUGACCUGGUGGACAUCUGGCCUCCAUUUUCAGGCAUCCUGCCCAGUGCCAAUGCUUCACAAAAGAUUGUUCUUGGUCUACAGGACAACCCCUGGUACUGUGACUGUCGGAUUUCCAAGCUCAUUGAGUUGUCUAAGAUGGCCAGCAUAUCUGUGGUGUUGAUGGAUCAGGUUCUGACAUGCAGUGGACCAGAGAACUUAGCUGGCGUUCUGUUCCAGCGGGCUGAACUGGAUCAGUGCCUCAAGCCGUCAGUUAUGGUUUCAGCAACUAAGAUCACUUCAUCACUGGGCAGCAAUGUGCUUCUGCGGUGUGACGCCACUGGUUUCCCCACUCCCACCCUUCUCUGGACCAGAGCUGAUGGAACAGCAGUCAACAACACAGUUGUGCAGGAAUCUCCAGGCGAGGGGGUCCGUUGGUCUAUCCUCAGUUUGCACAUUAUCACAUUUAAAGAUGCAGGUGAUUACCACUGCAAGGCCAAGAAUGUCGCUGGAAAUGCUGAGGCGUACAUCACCCUGUCUGUGGAUGGGGUGCAGACCUCAACACCUUCCCCUCCGCUAAACAUAACCAAGCGGCCUGACGAUCAAACCGUAACUUCUUUUCCAGGGACUAGGACACCAUUGUAUACUACCUUAACCCCUGCGCUCACAACCAGAGCUGCCAUGACCACAAUGCCACCUCUGACAACCAGGAAGAGUCCGGGACCAGGUGGAGGAAUUCAGAGGUCCCCACCUGCUGGAGACAAGCCAGCUAAGAUCCAGCAAAGCAAGGGUGGCAAAGGUUCAAUGAUGAGCGAAAAGUCUAAAAAGAAAGUUGAUCUCAAAGACAUUGAGGUAGUGGAGGUGACAAGCGACACAGCAGUCUUACUAUGGAGAGCUGAAGGUUUGCCAAGCAACGCACCCUUAACAAUGUUCUACUUUCCAUAUGAUGCAAAAGACGAUAAGGAGACAGUGGAUGCAGAAGUUGGUCAAGGGAAGCUGCUCUUGGAAUAUCUGAUGCCUAACCAGGUCUACACUGUGUGUUUGGUUGCUAAGGGUUCGGUGUCUGGGAAAGAGCAAUGUGUGGAUUUCACUACUCUGGAUAAUGGUGAAGAAGAUGGGCAGAACAAAGUCCUGAUGAUCGCCAGUGGGAUCGCAUGUGCAUUUGCAGUGCCUCUCAUUGUGGUGUUGGUCUACAAGAUCAUAUGUCUCUGCUGUAAAGGAAACAGGAGUAGGAACAAUGGACCAGAUGAUGACCUUUCAAAAGAGACGUACGUAAAGUUUGAGACGCUCACCAUGAAACAAAGGACUCUUAACGGGCAGGCGAAUGAUCUCUGGGCGCGAAGGCAGACUCAGGAGUCAGAGAGGAUGCUCCUGUGCUCACGGUCAAGCAUUGACUCUCAAAUGACGUACAAGAGUGACAGCUCUAGAUCCGAGUAUCUGUGCUAAUGUGUAGCCUGUCGGCUUUGUGUGUUAUCCUGUCCACACACUUGGUAUUAGACAAGCUGUGGCAACAACAGUUUUAAAAGAUUAGCUCUUGAUGUGCUGUCAAACUCGUUGCCUUACAAGACUUAUCUUGACCCACAAAUGGUCUCAUUUCCCAUUUUUCAAAAGCCAUAUUCUUCACCCAGUCAAACACAGUUCUGUAUUUAUUUUUUAUGAAAUACAGUGUACAUAAAUAUUGUGUAUUUUUGUGUAUGCCAACAUAUGAUGAAGUAGAGUUACAUAAUAUUCAUUUAAUUAAACCUUUUUAUUGCCUAAAUCAAGUAUUUCCUUUUUUUUCUAAAUAGGAACCAUUGAUUUUUGGUGAUAUGUGCAGCAACAGAUGAAUGGCAAUGAAAAGCUGACACACCAAAUUUACAAUAGGCUUACACCAGCUUCUCUUUCUUUUGGUUUUAAAUUUAAAAUGGCUAGUUAAGAUCAAAUCAUCAGAAACAGACACUUUAUUACAAGAUCAUAUGUAAUGUUUCUGAGCUGAUGUAUGUGAGUUUGAAUGAUUACGCAUUCCUCUAAAUGCAACAAGUGCAUUCGAUGUCUCUGUCCUCUUCUCAUUUUUAUGUCUUCUCUAUCUUUCUACCUCUCUAUCUCUUCUUUAACUGUACAUUUAUAUGCAAUGUCUGUGUAAAUGUGUGUUUAUGGGUAGUAAAUCCUUUAUGUGUGCCAUGCAAGUCA